UUCAUUUAUUUAUUUCACUGGAACCGCAUUAGCUUCAGCUGCAGUGGUUGCUAAUCCUUCAGUGUGCUGCACAUUACAAAGGUCUUAAUAAAAACAUGAACAGUAAUUAAAACAAAGACUCUAGCUCUAAAAUGGUCAAUAUUUCAACUGAUACUGAUGCAUAUUCCUACAUGAAUGUGUUUAAUCAGAUUACCACACAACACACCUGGGGUCAGAUCAUAUCCCAGUUUAGGAGAUGGGGAGUUAAAAGAGUUAAAACAGCUGGUGAUUCACAUUCCUAUGAAUGCUAUACAAAUUAAGAUUAUUUUUAUUAUUAUUAUUACAUGCUCAAAGCCUAAAUCUGCAACCUUAAUAUGUUAUAACUGUGAUGGGGACAUUGAGAAUAAAUCAAUCAAUGAUGCACAUGAACUUAACACAUUGUAACUUUUCUGGAUCAAGUUAUGAUAAGAUGAUUAACAUGAUGAUCAUUAAUGCAAAUGUAAUUUACAUGCAUGUAAAUGUUUUGCAUUGUGAAUCAAGCAUAGAGCUUCUGAUGUCCUAAAGACCUCUGCUGUGAACUAUAUCUGUAUAUUUUACACUUAAAUCUCAUUUUUUUCACUCUGAUGUGUAUCAUUAAUUACACAUUUUAUUUUUUAAAGCCUCUCCUUAUAUGGCAUUUUUUAUGCUGAAGCAUUUCUGCAUCCAUGAGUUAUGAUAUUUUUCUGAUGUUUAUUUUUCCAUAUUGCAUGUUUAUACGUAACAUUUUCUCUUCAGUAAGCCUCUUCAGUUACUAUUGCAAUGACCAAAUUUAAACUUCAGGUGAAAACUCAUUAAUUUUCCAUUAAAUAACCUGAUAUGAGACUGACAUGCAGGAAAAGCACUGCACAUAGCAUGUACAUACAUACAGGUCAACACUUUCCAUUUUGUAGGACUCCUCUAUAGUUGAAUAACAGCACAUUGUAUGGAUAUCAUAAUAUAUUCUAUAUGUCAUGUUUUAAUUAACUUUUCUUCAUGUUAAUUAUUGUAGAAUGCAGCUGCUGCUGUUUUGUACUUUUUGCUUAUUCCCCAUCUUAAUUCACACUUCUACACAAAAUUCUUGCCAGUGGCAUUUUAAGUCGCGUUUUCAUUUGGAAUUUACUACCUUUAGUUAUUCUAUCAAUAUAAAGAUUUUAUCCGCGUGAGUGUGAGUGAUGUAAAAAUUAAAACUCAUAUUAAACACACGUUAAACGACCUAGAGCAUAAAACGUAUAUAUAAACAACAUAUGCACAAAUACAUGCACAAAAUAUGCAAAUGCUCACAACAUGCAUUAACCACAACAAUGGUGUAUCACAUUUUAAGAUGCGCGACAUCAUUCUCAUGUUUUCUCUGUUAAUUAAGGAAGAGCCGCUAUUUUUAUCUCCCUGCAGGACCAUUGCCUCUCUCUCCCUCUCUCCCUCUCUCUUUAACGUUUCCUCUGUUAAUUCUCGGUGUGAAAUGAGCACUUGAUUGUGCAAUAAAAACCUAUGAGGGGAAGAGACGCGGGAAAGACCAAAUUGUUGCUAUAUUGGACCAUCCACCGGUGCAGCUGGUCUAUUUUUAGCCAGGAACUACAUCAGCUCUGACUGCAGACACAGUGAGGGGAAAUCACCAGCGCUUGUUUUGCUGCUGUCUUCACCCAACCACUGACAUUUCACUGGAGCGAAUUAAAGCAGGGAGAGGGAGACGGAGCACAGAAUCAGAUAUGUACUGUGUGUGUGUGUGCGUGUGUGUGUGUGUGUGUUUGGGCUGGUGGUGGUGGUGGUGGGGGGGCAGAAAAGAUAGUAAAAUUAUGUGAUGAGUUUUUUGGAUUAUCAACAUAGCGUGAUCCCUCCUAUGAUUCCUGUUGGAGCGCAAGAUCACCGGCAACCCGGUCUGAGGCACCGCAGGUGGUCCGAGAGAGAGGGAAAGGGGGGGUGGCAGAGAGAGAGAGCAAGAGGGAGAGGGAGAGGGAGAGAGAGAGAGAGAGAGAGAGAGAGAGAGAGAGAGAGAGAGAGACAGAGACAGAGAGAGAGAGAGAGAGGCAGAGGCGUGCUGCACAUUGGUCGGGCUACUUUUCUGACGACACACCAACAACCGUCAACCUGUGGAUAGAGCGCGUCUCCUCCACAUCACCCUCUCCCCUCAUACACCAAGCCCCGAGCCGCGCGGACACAGCCUGGAGGACGCAUGUGCUGGGAGAGGGUGCCGAGGGUUCGAUUCCCUAACGGAGGAGAGGAACUGAAAAGUUGAGGGGGGCGAGGGGGGAGGGGGGUGGUCGUGCGCCAUUCCCGCUUCAUGAAUGGCCGGAACAUGGAGGAGAUGCCAUUCGAAAGAGUCAAGACCCGGCGGAGGAAGGGUCACUGCCCGGCCGGUGCACCCCUGGGCGCCAUCGCCUGCGAGGACGAGUUCAACAGCCAGGAGCUGGAGGCUCUGUUCCAGAACUACAACCUGAAGCUGGAGCAGACCGCCACCCUCAAGGCGCUGGCGGUGCUCAUCGUGGCAGCUUCGUCGCUGUCACUGGUGGAGCUGCUGUCCAGCCCGCGUCUCACCUUGUCCAAGGGCUCCUACCCGGUGCACUGCGUGGUGUUCCUGUCGCUGUUCAUCGUCACCAACGUCAAAUACCUGCAGGUGACGCAGCUGCAGCAAAUCGCGAAGCUGGCCCUGCUGUUCAGCUUCACCUUUGCGCUGCUCUGCUGCCCGUUCCCGCUGGCGCUCGGCACGUCGGAGCUGGUGAGCGCCGCUGCCCCUGAGCAAGGCGUGUGGCAGCUCAUGCUGGUUACCCUCGUGGCUUACGUGCUGCUGCCGGUGCGGACGCUGAUGGCCGUGCUGUUUGGGGUGAUGCUGGCUGCGUCCCACUUCAUUGUCAUAGCGACAUCGAUCACGGGAAGAAAGCAGAAGCUGUGGAGACCGCUGGUGGCCAACGCGGUGCUGUUCACCAGCGUCAACUUGUUGGGGGUGUUUGUGAGGAUUCUCACCGAGCGCACCCAGAGGAAAGUCUUCCUGCAGGCCCGCAACUGCAUCGAGGAGAGACUGAGGCUGGAGGACGAGAAUGAGAAACAGGAGCGUCUGCUAAUGAGUCUACUGCCCAGGAAUGUUGCCAUGGAGAUGAAGGAGGACUUCCUGAAGCCACCUGAGAGGAUCUUUCACAAGAUCUACAUCCAACGUCAUGACAAUGUCAGCAUCCUGUUUGCAGACAUCGUGGGAUUCACCAGCUUGGCCUCUCAGUGUACAGCUCAGGAACUGGUCAAACUGCUCAACGAACUCUUUGGGAAGUUUGACGAACUGGCCACAGAGAAUCACUGCAGGCGAAUAAAGAUCCUGGGGGACUGUUACUACUGUGUGUCAGGACUGACCCAACCCAAGGCUGACCACGCCCACUGCUGCGUGGAGAUGGGCCUGGACAUGAUUGACACGAUUGCGUCAGUGGUGGAGGCGACAGAGGUGGAUCUGAACAUGCGUGUCGGUCUUCACACAGGACGGGUGCUGUGUGGCGUGCUGGGCCUCAGGAAAUGGCAGUAUGACGUCUGGUCAAACGAUGUCACACUGGCAAAUGUGAUGGAAGCCGGGGGGCUGCCUGGCAAGGUGCACAUCACAAGGACCACCCUGGAGUGUUUGAACGGAGACUACGAGGUGGAGCCGGGCUUUGGACACGAGAGACAUGCUUUCCUCCAGAAACACCACAUAGAGACUUUCUUCAUUGUGCCAUCACACAGACGUAAAAUCUUUCCAGGUCUGAUUCUGUCUGACAUCAAACCAGCCAAGAGGAUGAAGUUUAAGACGGUGUGCUACCUGCUGGUACAGCUCAUGCACUGUAGGAAGAUGUUCAAGGCCGAGAUCCCCUUCUCCAACGUCAUGACAUGUGAGGACGACGACAAGCGGAGAGCCCUUCGCACCGCGUCAGAGAAGCUGAGGAACCGGACGUCCUUCUCAGCCACCGCCGUGCAGCACUCGCCGGGAACACGGGUCAACCGCUACAUCGGGCGGCUCAUCGAGGCGCGGCAGACUGAGUCGGAGACAUCAGACCUCAACUACAUCACCCUGUUCUACAAGAGCAGAGACAGGGAGCGCAGGUAUCACCAAGUGUAUGACGACCAUUUCAUCAGUGCGGUGGUUCUCUCUCUGAUCCUUGCUGCUCUGUUUGGCCUUAUCUAUCUGCUAAUGAUCCCACAGGGGAUGCUGGUGCUGCUGCUGCUGGUGCUGUGUGUGUGUUUCCACGUGGCCUGUGUCAUGUACCUGCAUCUCACCAGCAUUCAGUGCCAACCGGGCUGCCUCACCAUCCAGAUCCGAACAGUUCUGUGUGUGUUCCUCGUUCUGCUCACCUACUCUGUCACCCAGGCCUGUGUGGUGGGAUGUGUUCCUUGGGGCAAAGUUGAGAUAAACUCCAGCCGCUCUGUGGAGGACGUCCCCGGAGACGUGCUCGGCGUCGGACCCUCCAACAGCACGGCGGUAGACAGAGCUUGUCCCAACAUGGCGUACGCCUUGUUGUCCUGCGUGGCCGGCACCCUCACCAUCGUCCCCUACCUCCGAGUGUCCUCGCUCCCCAAGAUCCUCCUGCUCCUCCUCCUCUCCGUCACCUACACCGUCGUCAUGGAGACCAGCGGCUAUCGCCAAGCUGUGGGUGGUGGUUUUCUGCACACGCGAGGUUAUGACCCUGUGCUGGCAGUCUUGUUGUUUUGUGGAGCUCUGGCUCUUCAUUCAAGACAACUGGACCUGAAGCUGCGGCUCGACUAUCUCUGGGCGACUCAGGCGGAGGAGGAACGAGACGACAUGGAGAAGGUGAAGCUGGACAACAAGAGGAUCCUGUUCAACUUGCUGCCGGCACAUGUGGCUCAACACUUCCUCAUGUCCAACCCCAGGAACAUGGACCUGUACUACCAGUCCUACGCUCAGGUCGGAGUCUUGUUUGCCUCCAUCGCCAACUUCAACGACUUCUACAUCGAGCUGGACGGGAACAACAUGGGAGUCGAGUGUCUGAGGCUGCUCAAUGAGAUCAUCGCCGACUUUGACGAGCUGAUGGAUAAAGAGUGCUACAGGGAUAUUGAGAAAAUCAAGACUAUUGGCAGCACAUACAUGGCUGCAGUAGGGCUGGUUCCUACAACUGCCUCCAAGGUGAAGAAGUCCAUCACCUCACAUUUAUGCACCGUGUCAGACUUCGCCAUCGAGAUGUUUGACGUCCUGGACGCCAUCAACUACCAGUCUUACAACGACUUUGUCCUGAGAGUGGGUAUCAACGUGGGCCCAGUGGUGGCAGGAGUGAUUGGAGCCAGACGGCCUCAGUACGAUAUCUGGGGAAACACAGUGAACGUAGCGAGCAGGAUGGACAGCACCGGAGUACAAGGAAAGAUACAGGUGACAGAAGACGUUUACCGCCUCAUCACAGACCAGUACAACUUUGUCUGCCGUGGCCAGGUCAGUGUAAAGGGCAAAGGUCAGAUGCUCACCUACUUCCUGGAGGGGCGCAGACAAGGUGGCAGGCUGUCUCACACCCAGCAGCAGCAGCCCGGCAUCGCCGAGCGCCGGUCCAGCGCGUUCACCCACGGCAGUGUGUGCACUAGGCUGAGCCCUGCCCCCACCAUCACCACCUACACCACCAUCAGGACGUCGAGCCCGAGCGUGGCAAAGCCAACCACCUCCACCAGCACCACCAGGUACCUGCCCUCUGUCCCCACGGCGAUGGUGUGAGGGAUGCUGUCUCCAUGGUGACCGCGGAAAAGAAGAAAAUGACAGUGGAGGUGGGGGACAUACCACAAAUAGCAACAAGAGAGAUUAUUUUAGAGAAGCAAAGUUGCUCUCAGUCUCUGCUCUUCUUCUACUGUCUGUGCAGCACAGAGAGGUGGAGACACUGAUCGUCCAAUGGGAGGCCAGGACUGAACACGGCGGCCUUGAUCAGCCCCUCCUUCCUCACUUGAGCCCUGUUUGUUGUUUCAUGAACAGGAUACAGGACGCUUCAGCCAAGUUGCCCUGUAAUCAAUCACAGGCCAAGGACGUCUCCAGGAUCGACACCCAAGUCGACACCCAAAACGAAAAAAAAAAUAAAAAUCAGCAUUAAAAUAAAACCACAUCGAAAUGCACAAUUGAUCGUGUAGCACGAAAGCCUCAAACACAUCUGUAAAUCCCUCUCGCAACUUACACCGACCCUUUUCUCUCAGUACAAAACCAAAUCAGUGCUGUUGCCUUAGCGACCACUCCUCACAAUGAGUUUCUUGCCAUGUGGUUUUUGUUGCCUUUUUAAAAAAAUUUUUUUUUAUUUAUCCUUUAUCGAUUUAUCAGACACCAAUUCAGACAGGUUAAUCCCAGGGGGCGAUGCUCUCCCUGUGUUUAAAGCAGAUGAAGCCAAAUGUUUCAUUGUAAAAUGGCGGUUAAAGGUGUUAAACUUGCCAAAACACGACAGGGCUUUGCCUUCGAUCAUUUCCAGGUCAGUGAUACAUUUACUACACUUCUUGCCCCCCUUUUCGCUGAAACCCUCUUAACGGCACAUGAUUCCCCUGAGCCGAGCCGCUCGGCGUCUUUAAGUGCAUGAUGCCACUGCUGCAUUUCAGUCAUGUUUGCUGUCUGUUUCCCUGUGAUGCUUGACUUCCAGAUUCUUCCUCGUCAAAGUGUAGCAAUAAAGCGGUUUGUCUCCUCUCUCAGCCUCCUUGCAUGCUCUAGCCAGCUGGAUCCUAUUUUUGACCUGAUAGUGUAUGUAGCCAAUAGAGUGUGCAUAGCUAGCCACACCAGUCUGUAUCUCUGUGGAGUUGAAGCAUGCCUUAGAAUUUUUUUUUUUUUUUUUUCUGUAAUCGUGCGAGUGUGAUUCCUUCCUCACGGAGUUAUAUUUAAAAAAAAAAAAAAAAAAAAGAAACUUUUUUCUGCGUGCUUGUUUAUUAAAAAAUAUUUUCUAUCGUUAAAAUAUUCUGUUCGACUAUUUUUAUGAACUAAAAGCUGCUUUGGUAGAAGAAAAAGAAAUGUGCUGUUCAUGAGGAGACACCCAAACCUCCUUAUCUGGCUUCCUCACACAAACCCAGAUGAUUUAUUCUAUUGGUAUAGCAUGCUACUCACAGCGCGGCUAACCACGGCCAUUAUCUCUCCUCUAAUCUGUUCUAGCAUGCACUGCCUGCAAGCCUGUGGCUCCUACAUGCAUGCUUUGAAGAAACAUGAACACAAGGCCGAGCGGCGGACACGCAGUGACUCUGUUGUGAUGUUGUCCUCAUGCAUGCGCUGUAAAGGUCGCGGUCCUCUUGAAUGUAAGGUGCUUUUUUGACCCGUGUCUUCUUCAUGAGCUUGGUGUGCGAACCUUUUUCGAGGACAUAUUUUCAGGAUAGUUUGACAUCAGGCCGGGGGUGGAGGGCAGGGGGGUUCCUUCCUCCUUCCUCCUCCUCCUCCUCCUCCUCCUCCUCCUCCUCGCUCCUGCUGUAGUCAACAGGUAGCUGGUUUAUCAAAUGUGCCAACCUAUUUUCAUAAACAUAUCAAAACUCUUUUCGUGUUGAGCUGCAGCACAACUGAAUGUGCGGCUGCAGUAAUUGUGGAUUUUUCCUUUUUGUUUGAAUGCCUGUAUUUUUACUGUUUGAGCUUGUUCCUUGACAGUUUUGUAUCUCAAAAUAUUGGCAAGUGUUUGAUUUUGGAGAGAUUUAUUUGGACACCAUAACCUGAUUGAAAUGUUAUUGUACUUCUUAUCAUGUUUGAAAUAGAUUUAAGUCUAUAUAGUAGCUGGAAUGCUUAACUUUAAGAUUCUAAAAGGUUAAAAAUGAGGAUUUUUAUACUCUUGCUUUAAACCGUUGAUGGAAAGUUGAUGGACUGGACUUAUGUACAAUAUUUUUCCUGUAAAUUGGAUAUUUUCAUACUGUAUGAUACGGGUUUCAAUUGUUAUAUGUAGGUAUUACUAGCUAUUAUUGUACAUUGUAGAGUCUUUUUCAGAGAUAUAUUAUGAAUGAUCAGAUAUUUGUCAAGUUUUUUUUGGUUAAAGAUUUAUUGUAUUUAUUGAGAUGUUUUAUGUGAAUGUAAAUUUUGUUAAAGAUGAUAUUUUAUACUAAGUGUUUGCACUGCGAUGAUAUUGACGUAUUAUGAUUAUAAAAAUAAAGCCAGCGGGGACAUGUCUCCAGGAGUAAGUGCA